AGUGCAGUUUGGCUCCUAAUUGAUGGACGCAUACGGCAAAGGAAUGGAGAACGCUUAUGACAUCUUCGAAUUUUCUCACGCCUGUUGGGAGGAUGUUUUUGAGAAAAUUCCGGGAGCUGCUGUGUAUAUCGAUCACGCUGCUGCCGAGUGUUUACAUUGGUUCAAAGGAGACAGAGCUUACUUGGGGUUGAUCGAAGCUGGGGCACAUUCGGUUCAUGAAAUCGCAAUUUUUACUUUUCAGUACGUCAAAGUUCAGAACACGAAAAAGGCGGUGAUUAUCAUCACAUCAUCGGACCCAGCAUUCUACGAACGAACUCUGCACACAAUCAUAGAAAAAAAUACAUUCGAAAACUGCGUAAUAGUGUGUGCAGUUCAUAGCACAGUUUUCAAUUGCGAUGGAGAGGAACAUUACGAGAAAUUGAGAGAACAAGUCUCGGGUUGGAUGAAGGAGAGCGCUCCACUUGCUGGAAUAUCGGUGGAGAUUUUAUUCAGACCCAUCGUCACCGCUCCAAUAACUAAAAACGUCUUCGUCACUCCACCCAUGGAGAGGCUGAUGCCUUCAAUCGAUGGAAAAAUAACAGACGAACACGAGUCAAGUGUCAAUUACUUUGUGAGCUCACUCCACAGUAUCUUCACACACUUUGACAUCAAAGAGGACAUUUAUACUUUAGGGGAAUUCAGUGAAUAUGUUGCUGGAAGGUUGUUGGAUCUGCCUGCAGCAGUUGCCAGGAGAAAAAUGCUGAUUGGACAGUCUGGUGUGAGUCUAAUUCUCAUUGACAGAACACUGGAUUUAUGUACAGCAACUAAAAAUAAUACGGAAUGCGUUCUGUCGAGAAUAUUAUGCACACUUCCACGUCUUACCUAUCACAACAAUGAUGUGGCUGUGAACAUGGCUCCAUUAUGCCCAGGUUCAGAGGAGAGCCCUCGAUCGAUGACAGUGUCAGGCUGUCUAGCCACCUCAGAAAACCAUAAUUUCAACCUUCUCAUCGCCAAGAAACAAAAGGACGUGCUGUUAACACUCAACAAAUGGCUGAUCGAGAUGCUCUCGAAGGAACUGCAGAGCCCCAAGGCCAAAUUGUCGACUCGAGUCAGUGCUCAUAGUCUGGAAAAACUAAUCCAUAAAAUUCGGGCCACCGAGAGCCCAAAACUUCUAGCUCAGUACAGCAAGAAACUUCAAAUUAUUCUGGCUGUCAUACAGUCCCUGAAGUCUGAAAAAACUGCGCAGUUGGAUCUUCUCAUUAGUUUAGAAAAAUUAAUUCUGCAGAAUUUGGCUGUUAGUCGGGAAUCUACAAGUGUUUUGUCACAGAUAAGCAAUAUAAUAAAAAAUCGAACCUCCAGAGGACUGGACAUGGAGAAUCUCCUGGUCCUCCUGAUCCACAUCUACGCAAUGGCUGGUACUGAAAUUCACUUUCCUCCUCAGCAAGAGGAUCAGCUCAGGGCAGCCUUGACAGAAGCUAUUUUCGAAGAUAUACAGAGGUGUAAUGAUGCUGUAAUCACUCACGAAGUUUCGGUUUAUCAGCAGACGUUGCUCCUGUUGGGGGCGACUGAUGAAGGCACAGCCAGGGAAUUUGCGAGGAAGAUAACCGAGCAGAUCGUGGAUAUGCUGCAUCUGAUAGCCUCUCAGCGACGAGAGUUGCAGGAGUAUGGGUCCAUCAUUAUGAAACCGAGCCCACAGGAGAUGGCACAGUGUGUGGGGGUUGUGGAGAGAAUUUUGAGAGACCUCAUUCACCCGUCGAAACCAGUGAUUGCAGAUUUGAAGAUGAAAACUUCGUCGUUUAUUUCUGCUGGAUUCAAUUUAUUGACGAAAGGACGAGUGCAACAUCACCCGACAGACAAUCCCUGGAUAAUCAUUUACGUAUUAGGGGGCGUGACGGCCGAAGAGGCGAGAAUAGUCGAAGAAUUAUCAUCACAAAAUGCAAACAUUCCUCGAAUAACUCUCGCUGGUUGCAGAUUGUUGACACCAAUGGAUACUGCUGACAGAAUACUGUUAUCAAAUUUUAAUAUUUGAAUAAAGCCAUUUCAUUUCCCACGAA